CGUUCAUUCUGGGGCCUAAGGGUUUUGAGAAAUCCUCAUGUUCGGCAUUAUCAGACACAAGAUGAGACACAGUAAGGCCUAAUUUUUAAAACGACAUUGCAGUACUAUUUCUGUACUGUAGCUGGUGGUAAACAGCUGCAAGUAGAACCAGCAAGACAUAUUUUGAAGAAGAAGAAUCAAAAUGGCGACGUCCAUUUGUAGGGCGUUGGUGCCCCUUCAUCGAGUAUCAUCUUGUGCUUUAAAGGGCGCAGAGGUGUUACUAGAAUCACGAUGUUCACUCCCGAUGGUAGUCCAAAUACGAACCAAGAAACGGUACUUUGUUCCUCCUUCGGCUCAAUCCAAAUCAAUGACCCAGGAGGAACAGGAGGCGAAAGCAAGAGCAGCAGGGAUAGUACCAAGACAACAGUAUAUUGAAAGAGCUAUUAACAUUUCAUGCACAGCUGGCGUGGUUGAUCCAUAUAUUCCACCAGAGGGGGAUGCCCGUCAUUCUACCCUCUCUAAGGAAGGAAUCAAGCAGCGCACAGAGCAGUUAAAACAGAGCGCUGCCUCACAGUUAGCGAUUCGUAAAAUCAAAGACUAUGACGCUGAUUUUACCACCAAGGACUUUGCUGUCCGAUCACAGGAGAUCUUCAUUGAGGCUCAUGAUGCACUUACAAACUUCAAUAAGGUGAAACUCCAUUCCUUGGUGACAGAAAGAUGUUACCCUGAAAUGGUCCGAGGUAACCGUUAUAAAACGUUACGGUGGCGCUUCAUCGAAUCCCUGGAGCCCCCCAAGGUGGUGCAUGCCCGGUGCCCAGACAUGGUCAGCAAAGGCAACCUGUACGCCCAGGUGACGGUGCGCAUGCACACCAAACAGACGCUGGCCGUUUACGACCGCUUUGGGCGCCUGAUGAUGGGUGAUGAAGAGGAGCCGAGGGAUGUGCUGGAGUACCUGGUCAUUGAGCGGCACCUGGUCAACCCCUAUGGCAGGUGGAGGUUGCAUGGCAAGAUAGUGCCUGCCUGGGCUCCUCCCAAAGACCCCGUUAUUAAGACUGUUAUGAUCCCUGGACCCAAGCUGAAGCCAGAGCAGGAUUUUGAGGACCUCAACUACGAAGUUCCCAAGCCCAAGGCAGUGCAGUGGCACAAGUAGGCCAGUGAGAGGCGCUGUGCACCAGGUCUACCGAUACCCAGGCUGUACAUUUACCCCCCUUCCCCCAGGUUUUUCUAAAUAAAUGUUAUCAAUAUGCUCAAA